AUGGCGAUUAGAGUCCCGUCCAUGGAGCUCCACCGCUCCUCUCCGUUGCUCUCCGGUUGCCGAGGGAGGAAUACAUGCCCACAGAAGAAGCCCUUCCUUGUCCAAGCAAAGAGACUAGGGGGACUGGAGAAAGAAAGUACGAGGUCAGGGACACAAGAGUCUGGACAACCAAAGAAAAGAGCACCCCUGGUUCGUGGAACUGUUAGCCCACCUCUUCCAGUACCAGGAAACAUACCUCGGCCUCCUUAUGUUGGCACGAAAUAUGUACCAGAGAUAGCAAAAGAGGUACAAAUGCACGACAAAGAGAGCAUUAUCCACAUGAGAGCUGCUUGCGAGCUUGCCGCUCGUGUUCUUGACUAUGCAGGAACAUUAGUGAAACCCUCUGUAACAACAGACGAAAUUGAUAAAGCAGUGCACAAGAUGAUCAUCGAUGCUGGAGCCUAUCCAUCCCCACUUGGAUAUGGUGGGUUUCCAAAAAGUGUAUGCACCUCAGUGAAUGAGUGUAUGUGCCAUGGAAUUCCUGAUUCACGCGAGCUACAGGAUGGAGACAUAAUUAACAUCGAUGUCACUGUCUACUUGAAUGGAUAUCAUGGGGAUACCUCAAAAACAUUUCUUUGUGGAGAAGUCGAUGAAGCCAGUAAACGACUUGUGAAGGUUACUGAAGAGUGCCUGCUCAGGGGCAUAUCAACAUGCAAACAUGGUACCAGCUUUAAGAAGAUUGGCAGAAGAAUAAGUGAGCAUGCUGAGAGGAACGGAUUUGGUGUUGUGGAGUGUUUUGUUGGGCAUGGAGUUGGCAGAGUAUUUCACUCAGAACCAAUUAUCUAUCACCAGCGGAACAACAGGCCGGGUCAGAUGAUUGAAGGGCAAACAUUCACGAUAGAGCCGAUCAUAUCCAUGGGGAGCAUCGACUGCGACAUGUGGGACGACGGCUGGACUGCCGUGACGACGGACGGCAGCUUGGCGGCGCAGUUCGAGCACACGAUACUGAUCACCAGGACCGGAGCCGAGAUCCUCACGAAAUGCUAG